UACUGAAAUGUGCUUGUUCUCUUCAAUCAUUGAUAUCAUCUUUUAAUUCAUUUUGCAUAAGCAGAAGAAGAUGAGCCAGGAUUCUAGGAUUGACACCAAUGAACGCAACAGACGUUAUGCCUAAAAUGAUGUCCUCAAGCGAAAUGCUACUUUUGGCCCCCAACGCGGCUGACAACUUGGACGUCUUCUGCACUCGUUACCUUGUAGCGAGCCGACCUGACAGAGCCGUGAUCUUUUGAUGGAAGAAGUACGGCGGAUACGACUACAUGGUUGUCGAGAUACCAUAGUCUUACCGACACGUAGCUAUGGCGACUACGGGGUGGCCAUUCGUAUCGGCCGCUGACCGACUGGCGACCUUCUUCGACCCCGCUCAGUCUCGUGCUUAUGGCGACACGGAUAUUGAUGAAAUCGCCAAUCUACUAGAGCAGUGCGCCCAUGUCGGGAGGAGAUGUCCGCGCACGUAUAUCGUGCUUCGCACAAUCGGCGAACUAGAAGCGAUUGAGAAAUUGCUAGAUGCGGGAUUCUCUGAUCAAUGGUUUCCGGUUGAAGCUCGUGGUCUUCCCAGCUUUCUCUCCCCAAGCAUCAAGGCAAAGAUUGUUCAGUCGCAGAACAUCAUAUUCACAAAGUCGCUUGACUUGGAGCAUGGAAGGCAUCGCCAUUUCGCUCCUGGUGAAGAGCUACCCUUUGAAAUUAUGGGCCGAUUGGGCAGUGGAGGCUACGGCCAAGUCGACAGAAUCAAGAGCAAACUUAGUUUCCGUGUAUAUGCCCUGAAGAGGAUACGAAGACGGGCCGCAUUUGGCACAAAUUCCAGAGAAGCCAUGAAAAGUUUCCUGGGCGAGAUCAAUAUUGUGAAGAGUUUAGAUCACCAACAUAUCAUACAGUACAUUGGCAGUUAUACCGACAAGACCUACCUCGGCAUCGUCAUGUAUCCUGUCGCAGACACCGAUCUUGCUGCUUUUAUGGAACAGACCAGUACGUGUGUGAAAAACGCAUCGAUUGGAACCGCAACGUCUUCGAGCCUACAACUACGGGAUCAGGCAUUAGCUGCGGAAUUUAGUGCGACGAUGCGUACUUUCUUUGGCUGCCUAUCGACCGCACUCAAUUACCUGCACGAUAGAUCAGUUCGGCACAAGGAUAUCAAGCCCCAGAAUAUUCUCAUCCAAAAAGGACAUGUUAUCCUAACUGACUUUGGCCUUUCUCGAGAUUUCGCAGACGAUGUAGGAAGCACAACGUCUGGAGUUACGCCAGCAUCGCCACGCUACAGUCCACCGGAGGUGGCAGCAUAUGAAGCACGGAAUACAUCUGCUGAUAUAUGGUCACUUGGUUGUGUCUUUUUUGAAAUGGUGGCUGCCCUUCACGGCAUCAAUGUGGACUGGAUGAAACAAUAUUUUGCAAGCGCCCAUUCGACUUCCACGAACUUCUAUGCCAAUCCAGAAGCCUCAGCCCAGCUUAUCCGAGAAUGGGAAUCUGUCUGGUCUGAGAGAGAUCGAUUGCCUCUAGGCUGGAUUAGGAGCAUGCUGUUGCUGGACCGACCCUCGAGACCGACGGCCGCACGUGUUCUCGAAUUGAUAACAACCAGCAAAGACACUGGUCAAGUAUCAACGACUUUCUGCGGCAUAUGCUGUAUACCCGAUGAGGAAACGGACUCGGAUGACAGUCUUGAUGACGAGAUAAACCUUCUUGCUCCAACGUCCUUUCGCCAGCAGCCUCACUCGUGGUCUGGUACCUACCCUCCCCAGGAUGCCUCGCUCACCGAGCUUAAACAAUCUAACAGCGCGGAAAAAGUACUCCUCCCAAAAUCAGUUCCUGCGUUUGUGCCAGCAACACCUUCGCAACCAGCUCUGAAAGAUGUGCCAGUAUCGUCGCCGCCAUUAAGUUUGCAGUCUCAGUCAGUGCCGUCAUCGACAUCAAUUCCAACGUCUCUUCCAGUAAACUCUUCAGUUUCAGGGUAUACGUUAAGAGCAGGUAUGGGUGAGGAUGAGAUUACUCAACGGCCUUGGUCACCUGUAGGUCAUCUGGAAUCUCUCAGAGAAACCACCCUAUCCAGUCUCAUUGACGUUACCGACAAUCCUGCAUCGCCAUCAAGAAUCAUUGGGGAUAAGAACAUUGAACAGCCUAUGUCCCUAGAACAUGAACUGGAAGUUAGGAAAGUCUCUACUGUUGCUAAUACCAAUAAUCCUACAUCAGAAUCAGGAAACAAUGGGGAUACGAUCACCCAGGAACCUUGGUCACCUACACAGCAACUAGAAAUUCUAAAAGCCUCGCUCCGUUCAAAAACCAAUGAACCCGGGUCAGGAUCAAGAUUACAUGGGGAUAGGACCACUCAAAUACCUACCACUCAGCAAUCUGAGUUUGCUCCAUUUCAAUCGGAGGCUCUGGCAGCUCUUCUCGAUGUCGGUAACAGUAACCCUGCAUCAGGAUCGAAGGUCAACGAGGAUAUGACCACUCCAAAACCUAUCGCUCAGCAGUUUUAUUCAUUUAAACGUCAACUAGAAGCUCUAUCGGGAUCAAAAAUCAAUGUGAAUAAUACCACUCAACAAUCUAAUUCUGAGCAAGCUUCGUCACUUGAACGUCAACUAGCAGCGUUAGGAGUCGCGCUCGGUGUCGAUACCAACGACCAACCAUCGACCACGAGAGAAACGGAACCCAACACUGGAACUGCUGAAAUAGUUCAGCCAGUGACUGAACGGCAGUUUCGAAUUCCCACACCGGUUGCAUCAACGCUCUUUGCCCCUGAACUUCCCCCCAGACCACGAUCUUUACCAGUCAUUGCUCCGCCAGGUUCCCUAUGGGAGGCUUACAGCAUUACGGAUGUUCAAUCGUCGCCAAGCUACGAAAAGAAUUCGUCCUCUACCAACGUGUCCCCUUCACCACAGCCAGUGCAAGAUCUAUCCGGCAAGGACACACAAAUGGAAGCGAAACCUUCCACGAAGAAGGCUGGCCAGGCGUCAAGAACGACAAGGCCAUCCUCAAAUACAGGCGGUUUUAAAAAAUACUCAAUUUUCUCGCGGGGGAAGAGCACGCCUAAGAAACAAACAGGAGUUUUUGGCGUUCCGUUAAGCACAAGUAUACCCUAUGCGAACACUGAAGUAAGCCUCUUCGAUGAGAAUGGAAAGCCAUAUGUAUACGGUCAUAUACCAAUCGUAGUCGGAAAGUGCGGCUUUUUCCUCAAGGAAAAUGGUACUGAGACGGAUAGGGUUCUCACAACUCCCGGUAACGAUAGUCAUGUCGAACAGUUGAUCACCACCUUCAAUAGUCCGGAACGUAGGUACGGCAGAGGAAUGAGCUGGAACGGCUACACUGUGUAUGAUGCUGCAACGGCGCUCCAUCGAUACCUGUGCUCCCUUCCAUCUCCACUGUUCCCCCAACAAUUUGCGCAACAGCUUAUGUUCCCAUCCUUAUCCGAACCGUUCAGACACCCAACGCCCAACGAGACGGAAAACUUGGUACUCGACUGCCAAGCUACAAUGAAAGAGCUCCCUAUUUUGAAUAGACAUUUACUCUUAUGGCUGCUGGACAUAUUGGCAGUCUUCCUGGCUAAAGCAGAUCUAAACAAUGAAACUAUGGAUCGCGUUGUAGAGCAUUAUCACAAUGCUGUAUUCGGACCAUGUGAAGUUCUGGAUAUCUCGAUGCGCCAGAAGCUGAUGUUAGGCUUCUUGAUUGAGAACCAGGAUUUUCUUCUUAUCAAGACAUGAGAUAGAACAAUGAGAUUAGGCCAGAGAUCAUACAUGGAAAUGUGAUGACGAUUGCUCCUGAGCUGUCAGCCUCACAAUCAUACAUACAAUGAGUCAACUGUAGGUGCUGUGACAGCCCACGUUAUCAUACCAAACAAAGAAUGCUUUAC